AUGUCAUCAGGGGGUGAAGUAAUAAAUGGUUCGAAGCAGGAACACAAUAUUAAUGCUGUAGAUGCUGCUGCUUUAACUGGCGAGGAUAGCAGUGACGAUGAUUUUGGUAAUUUUUCUGAUGCAUCUUUUGAAGAAGAAACUGAACCAAAAUUGAAAGAGUUGAGUACUGACGCAUAUUUAGACGAGCUGGUCCCGGAUACAUUCGCUGCUCAAAAAAAUCAAACUAUCGAUAAAGUCUCACUAGCGGAUUUGAUCAGCGAAGAAAGACCGCAUGUCAUUUUUGAACAACUGGUAAAAGUGCGAAGUGUACCUAGACCAUUUAUUUGGGAUAAAUCGCAUUUAAAGGCUAGCCUAUGGCAUAUUCUCAAUAUACCUGUCGAGGAAACGCUUGAGCAUAGGCUUAAGAAAAAGCGAGAUCCACUGAAUGAUUCCCUUUUUUUUAAGUUUCAGUCCCUGAUACGCGAUUCCAAUAUCCACAGCAACUUUAUUUUGAAGGAUCAUUUCAAGCUCAGCUACUAUCCUCCGUUGAUGCCGGCGUCGGUGCAAGAUGUUGACGAAGAAGAUCAAGAAAUAGAGAUACCGAAGUAUCUAGCAAUCGAUCCGGACAAUGUCAAGGACCUAAAGGGGUACCAUGACGCACUUUGUCAUGCAAUAGAUGUGCUAUUUGUAAACCUGCAGCACCUUAGCCAAAAAGAGUCAAGUUUGGUAAGCGAUAAGACAACCUUCGAAAGCGUAGUGACGAAUUUGACAGGUCACACUCAAAGGCUGCAUAGAGAUGAGAUCGCAUUUUAUAACAAAAAGAUGAGACGUAAGAGCAAAUUCGGUUGGUAA